AUGUCAACGUCCAAAACCCACAUUGCGCAGACUCUCCUCGAGCGCGCUCACUCCCCAGACACAGCCGAAGCGCUCUUCACAGAACGCAUAAAACAAAAGCCACUGCACCUCCGCCCAACCUCUCCAACACCUGCCGACAACCGCUCACGACGUCGUCUCCACCGCCUCCGCAAGAAAGAGUACUUCCUCCGGCACCAGAAGCCGAGGCCGCUGUCUGCGCGUGAGAAACGGGAGUCGGGGGUUUACAAGUUGCCCAAGGAAGAAUGCAAAUACGAGACCUUCAAAGGACUGAAUCAGAUGUGGGCGGAGUAUAUGAGGGAAACAUUGGAUCUGGGGCCUGGCGCUGCAGCGUGGAGAGCGCAGCAGCAGCAAAACCAGCAAGGCAGCGGGAAACUGGUGACGGCGCUCUCGCAUGGGAGUAAACUGGUUAGUGCGGAUUUCCACGGGGCAGAGGUGGAGGUUGUUAGGAGUAAGUGUUCGGGCAGAGUUGGGUUGAAGGGGAUUGUGGUUAGGGAUACGAAAUUUACGUUUGUGAUUGUCACGGAGAGCAAUGAGGUCAAAAAUAUCCCAAAGGAGCAAACGGUUUUUCGUUUCUGCGUGCCGUUGCCUGAUGCAAAUGCGACGGGGGAGAAGAAAAACUCGGAAAACGCUGCAGAUAGCGAUGAAGAAGACAAGAAGCUUGUCUUCGAGCUCCAUGGCAGCCAGUUUCAGAAUCGACCCGUGGACAGGGCCAACAAAAAAUUCAAGUGGCGCAACGUUGACUAUCUUUAA